AGAAGGUUUUCGGGUGAAAAUGCCCCGAUCGGAAGAAAGCAUCGACUUGGACCAGGUGUUGAGUGAGAUUGGGCAAUUUGGCACGUUCCAAAUACGUCAGUAUGCUCUAAUGAUACUGCCGAUUGUACUGAACGCGUUCUUCACCCUCAGUUAUGUGUUCACGGCCGGAAACAUCGAUUACAGAUGCUUAGUACCUCAAUGUGAGCAAUCUGAAACGCCUGUAUUUGAUACCCCCUGGCUUAAUGCAACGAUCCCGUUCGACCAAAAUGGCAAUCCGGAAAGGUGCAGUCGGUAUGCGCCUUUCGUAAAUGACACGCGACCAAAUGAAAUUUGCAAAUCGGAAGAGUUUGAUUUUUCCAACAUCCUGCCGUGCGAGCACUUUGUCUACGCCACGGAGGAAGUUACGAUCGUACAAGACUUUGAUCUGCACUGCGCCCAUAACGAUUGGAAACUGUCGCUUGUGGGCACGGUGAACAACAUAGGCCAGUUUGUGGCGCUUCCGAUUGCCGGCUACCUUUCGGAUCAGUUCGGUAGGCGGUGGAUCCUGCUAAUAAGCGUGGCCGGGAGUGCGCUCUUCGGUGUGGUUCGAUCGUUCUCGACCAGCUACGAAAUGUUUCUCACGUUCGAGUUUCUCGAUCCCGCCAUCGGUUCUACGAUGUACACGACGGCAUUCAUCUUGGCACUCGAGCUGGUGGGGCCGAAAAAGCGUGUAACGGGAAACAAUAUCAUUUCGUGUGCCUUUUCGUUUGGUGAAGCUUUACUUGGGCUGCUGGCAAUGUACAUCCGCGACUGGCGGAUUCUGUUGCGCGCACUGUACUUUUCCGGCUUUGUGGUGGCCGCAUUCCUGUGUACCACUAGCGAAAGUGUGCGAUGGUUGCUGUCGAAGAAUCGACGUGCAAGUGCCUUGAAAGUCCUCCAGAACGCGGCUCACCUGAAUGGCAAGAGUCUGUCUCCGGCAGCCGUCGAAAGCCUCUGCUCCACCACCGAUUGCGAGACGGCAUCUUCGGAUGCUAAAAAGAGCAAACCCUUUGGACAAUUGCUUCGUGAGGCUUUCUGCAGUCCCGGGCUCGUCAUUCGGGUUGUGAACUGUUCGUUCUGUUGGCUCACGAACACGAUGGUCUACUUCGGGCUUAGUCUUAACUCAGUUAGUCUAUCGGGGAACAAAUAUCUUAACUUUAUUCUCGUUUCACUUAUCGAACUGCCUGGCUUCUUUCUUAUGCAACUAAUCCUUGAUCGUGUCGGUCGAAAGAAAACUCUGUUCACCACCAUGCUCCUCAGUGGGUUGCUGUGCAUCGCAUCGGAACUGAUUCCGGAGGAUACAACGUGGCUUCGUUUGAUCCUAUUUUUGCUUAGCAAACUCACCAUCACCAUGUCUUUCGGUACAUUGUACAUCUACACAGUCGAAAUAUUUCCCACCAAUCUUCGCCAGAGUUUACUGUCGACGUGCUCCAUGUUUGGCCGCAUCGGAUCCAUGAUCGCUCCUCAAACACCGCUGCUGGCCAAACUGUGGGCACCGCUGCCGAUGGUCCUUUUUGGGUGCCUGGGUAUAACUUCCGGUGUGGCCAUUCUCCAAUUCCCCGAGACACUCAACGUCGAGCUUCCCGACACCCUCGAAGAUGCAAUGAAUAUGCACGACAAAACAAACGAUCGCCAACAGAACUAGUGCAAGACGUUAUAGCGACCCAAAUACAGCGCCUUGCGUGUGAGGAAAAUUUCUUAACAACCACGACUCAAUUGGCUCCAUUCAGUUCCUGCAAUUCGCCUCCACUAGAUUCCGUUUUCUGGCCGGUACUGAGAUCGUUCUUGUGAAGCCACAUCCACGCGAGCAUCAAGCCGGUUGCCACCGCACCCGACCCGAACAGCCAGUACGUUCCG